AUGCCAGCACUCUCUUCAAAGGAUACGGAACAAGUAUUAAAACAGCCCAAGAACCCAAGAGAAAAGGCCAACAUCUUUUCUGUCGCCUUUUUUUGGUGGUUGAAUCCUCUACUGGGACUAGGGUACAAAAAGGAUUUAGAUAUUGAAGAUAUAUUCGAAAAUUUAAAAUCUGAUGGGUCGGAUGAGCUGGGAGAACGGUUGCAAAGGGAAUGGGAUAAGGAGCUUAAGAAGGCUGACUAUAAGAAGGAGAAGGGAGAGGAGUAUACUCCCAGCUUGCUUAAAGCACUCCUUCGUCAGUUUGGACCUUUCUACGCUUUCCUCGGCAUAUUCACUUUUAUUGAGGAAUGCUUGCUCCGGAUAUUUCAACCUUUAUUUAUGGGGUGGAUGAUGCAAUACUUUUCCCCUGGAAGUAACAUGAGUUUGGAAGAAGCAUACUUCUACGGAGCAGGUGUAAUCGCCAUGUCAGUGCUUUACACAUUUACACAUCAUCCAUACUUUUUUGGAGUCAUGCACACUGGAAUGAGAAUUCGUAUUGCUGCUUGUUGUCUUGUAUAUAGAAAGGCUUUAAAGCUUUCUAACAGUGCGUUGGGAAAGACUACGGUCGGACAGAUGGUAAACCUUCUUUCAAACGAUGUGAACAGAUUUGACACGGCAGUUUUAUACUCUCACUAUCUCUGGGCUGGACCUCUUCAGCUUCUAAUUAUAACAGUCUUGCUCUGGCAAAGGGUCGGAGUUAGUUCACUCGCUGGAACUUUACUCCUUCUUCUUUUUGUUCCCGUUCAAACAUGGGUUGGCAAGAAAUUUGCACAGUUUAGGGUUAUGACUGCAGCUUGCACAGACAAAAGAGUCAGGUUAAUGAACGAGAUUGUGAACGGGAUGAAGGUGAUUAAGAUGUAUACAUGGGAACAGCCCUUUACAAAGAUGGCAGAGGAGGCUAGAAAGGCUGAGAUAGAUGUUAUCAGGCAUACCUCCUACUACAGAGCUUUCAACUUUAGUUUCUUUUAUACUGCGUCUAGAUUCAUUCUGCUUUCUACUUUCCUUGUCUAUGGUUUCACCGGAGAGAUUCUAACAUCAGAGAAAGCUUUUAUCUGCUUAUCCCUCUACAAUACUGUCAGGCUAUCAAUGACCCUUUACUUUCCCUCUUCCAUUAGUAGUUUAGGAGAAGCAAAGGUUUCAGUUUCAAGAAUUCGUGAUUUUCUGCUCAUGGAGGAGAGAGGAACAGAGGAAACAUCUAGAGCUAUUCAUGCCCUUAAUUCCAAGGUUUCUGUGGAAAUAUCCGGUGUCUCUGGAAAAUGGAAUAAAGAUGAAACAGAGAAUACUCUUAGCAAAGUUUAUCUUAAAAUAAGGCCAGGUCAACUGGUUGCAGUAAUAGGCCCAGUGGGAUCAGGAAAGAGCUCUCUUCUUCAAGCUAUUCUGGGGGAACUUCCAAUAACUUGUGGUGGCAUAGAUAUACACGGAGAAAUUUCAUUCUCUCCACAGGAACCUUGGGUGUUUUCAGGAAGUGUUGAAGACAAUAUCCUGUUCGGAAAACCGUACAACAAGUCAAGAUAUCUCAGUGUCAUAAAAGCCUGUGCACUUGAGCAUGAUCUGACUCAGUGGUCACAUGGAGAUAAAACCUUAGUUGGAGAGAAAGGAGUGGCACUUUCUGGUGGACAGAAGGCAAGAGUCACUCUAGCUAGAGCCGUUUACAGAGUUGCUGAUUGUUAUCUUCUGGACGAUCCUCUCUCUGCAGUUGAUGCUCAUGUUGGUAAACAUCUCUUCCAGAAAUGUAUUCAAGGAUAUCUAAGGGAUUCAGCAGUUAUUCUGGUGACCCACCAGCUACAGUACCUGAAGGAUGCAGAUCUUAUUGUAGUUCUCAAGGAAGGGAAAGUACAGGAAACAGGAACAUUUGAACACCUGGCCAAGAAUGGUCUUGACUUUUCAUCUUUGCUUACAUUAGAGGAAGAGGAAGAAAAAGAGGAGGAAGAGGACAUAUUUUCCGAGGAGGAUAUUAUUUUAAUGAAGGGAAGGGAUCCUGGUUGGAACCAUUUAAACAAAUCUGAUCAGUUUACAAAGGACUCAAGAAUUCAUUUGGAACAUGAGAAACCAGACUUUAAAAAUUUCGAUAUGCCUAAGACUUUGUCUAGAGCUCGAACAUUGUCUGUGGGUUCAGAUAUGUCUAAAAUAUCCAACCAAAGAAAAGAAAUUUCUUCACCUGUUGCAAGUAAAGAGGAAAAAAGUGCUGGAGCGGUGAAAGGUGGACUAUAUAUCUCCUACUUCAAGAGUGGGGGAAACUGCUGCACUGUCAUUUUUAUCCUUUUGGUCAAUCUUCUGUGCCAGGGCCUGUACUCAGGGUCAGACAUAUGGAUUAGUUACUGGACAAGCAUUGAAGAGAAAGAACUAUUUAUAGAACAGAUUGAGGAAUUGCCAGCUCCAAUUCUAAGUAACACAACUCUUCCCAGGAUAAACAUUUCAAUGAAUUAUGAAGAAGCAUGGUCCAACCCUAACAACUACAAUUCUCACUACCUUAACCUUGGUAUUUACGCAGCAUUGGUCGGAGCCCUCGUCAUUGCCUCCAUGAUCCGAACUGUUCAUUUCUUUGUUGUCUGUAUGCGAGCAUCAGUUUACCUUCACAACUCUAUGUUUUUGAGAGUGGUUCAAGCUCAAUGCAGGUUUUUCGAUGUCAACCCUGUAGGUCGAAUUCUAAAUCGGUUUUCAAAAGAUGUUGGUUCUAUGGAUGAGUCACUACCACCUGCAUUCAUCGACGCUUUUACAAUUUUCUUAAAUAUCCUGGGAAUAAUGGCUGUGAUAUUUUCUGUGAGACCAUGGGUGAUCCUUCCUACUCUUCUCCUUGUUAUCAUUUUCAUCUUACUUAGAAGGUUUUAUAUGAGAUCGGCAAGAGAUAUUAAGAGAAUUGAAGGCAUUGCUCGCUCUCCUGUUUUCUCUCAUCUAUCAACCUCUCUAAAUGGUUUAACAUCAAUCAGAGUAUUUAACGCAGAAGACAUGCUUAGAAAAGAGUUUGAUAGACUGCAAGAUAUUCACACUUCUGCCUGGUUUGCAUUCAUAUCUGGGACCCGUUGGUUUGGUGUAUGGUUGGAUUGGAUUGUAAUCAUCUACCUUGCUAGUGUUGUAUUCAGCUUUCUUAUAUUAGGAGGAGAUCUGGUUGGCGGAGAUGUCGGAUUAGCUAUCUCUUCGUGUAUUACUCUAACAGGAAUGUUACAAUGGGGAGUUCGGCAGUCAGCCGAGGUUGAAAAUCUGAUGACAUCUGUAGAGAGAGUAAUGGAGUAUUCAAGAUUAGAACAGGAGGCACCAGCUACAAUAAUGGAGACAAAACCCCCUAAAAGCUGGCCAAGUCGUGGAGUUAUUGAGUUUAAAGAUGUCAAAUUAAGAUAUGCGGAAACAGAACCCCUGGUUCUAAAAGGAUUAGACUUCAAAACCCAUAACGCCGAAAAAAUUGGUAUUGUUGGAAGAACUGGAGCAGGAAAAUCUAGCAUAAUUACUGCUCUUUUUCGUAUGGCAGAGCCGACUGGUAGUAUUUACAUAGAUGGAGUUGAUGUGUUAAAGAUCGGACUGAAAGAUCUAAGAUCAACAAUAUCUAUAAUUCCACAAGAUCCUCUCCUGUUCACUGGAAGCUUGAGACGAAACCUGGAUCCCUUUAACGAAUUUUCAGACGACAUGAUCUGGAAGGUGUUGAAGGAAGUUAACAUGUCUGAACCUGUCUCAGAACUAAAAAAUGGAAUUGAAACUGAGAUGAGUGAAGGAGGAACUAAUUUCUCCCUCGGUCAGCGCCAGCUGGUUUGUCUUGCGAGGGCUUCUCUCCGACACAACCGUAUCCUAGUUUUAGAUGAAGCCACAGCCAACGUGGAUCCUAGAACAGACAAACUUAUACAAGAACAGAUCAGAACAAGGUUUCGAGAAUGUACUGUUCUUACCAUAGCUCACAGAUUGAACACAAUUAUGGACUCAGAUAGAAUUCUCGUGCUGGGAGAUGGAAAGGUUGUGGAAUUUGAUACUCCGUAUAAUCUUCUUCGUAAGGAAGGCGGGGUUCUAGUAGAGUUAGCUGAACAGACGGGUGAAGAAAAUUUAAGAAAAUUAAAAGAAAUUGCUGCGAUAUCGAACAUGAAGGAUUAUAGCGACAUAGGAGAAGAUAAUGUAACUGAAGUAGAUCACAAUACAAAUUUGGACGAAGAUGUAAGUUCUCCUGAACCAUUGGAAGAAUCUUGAAUUCUCCAGGAUCUUGAUACAGUUUGAACCAUGGGCUAGAUAGAGGUGUAUGGUAAAAACUGAAAAAAUAUAAACCUGUGUGAUCAUUAGAUUUGACUAGUUAGGCAUUGUGGUAGCAAAAUAAUCUAAUUUUUUUAGGUAAUAAAUAUUUUCAUUUUGUGUUA